AUGUCCGGCACACGCAUCUAUGUGGGCAACUUGCCCAUGGACGUCCGUACGCGCGAAGUCGAAGACAUUUUCUACAAAUACGGCCGCAUCCGGGACAUUGACGUCAAGUUCCCCUCGCGUCCGCCCGCGUUUGCGUUCGUCGACUUUGAAGACGCUCGAGACGCUGAAGACGCGAUCCGUGGCCGCGAUGGCUACGACUACGACGGGGCGCGGCUGCGGGUCGAACCCGCCAACGGUGGGCGGCGCGAAUCGGGUCGAGACCGGCCCCCGAAUCAAUCGUCGACCCGGUACCCGCGCAACAUUCGCGGGUCGGGCGACUUUACCGUCACGAUCUCGAACCUCCCGCCGCGCGUGUCGUGGCAGGACCUCAAGGACUUUAUGCGGAAGGCGGGGGACGUGGUGUUUACGGAAGUGGACGGACGGGGCGGCGGCAUUGUCGAGUACAGCAACAAGCGCGACAUGAAGUACGCGGUCGAGAAGCUGGACGACACGGAGUUUCGCGGCCGGAGUGAGAAUUCGUACGUGCGCGUGCGCAUGAAGAGCAGUCGGGGCGGCCGUAGCCGUAGUCGCAGUCACUCGCGGAGUCGCAGCAAGUCCCCGCGACGUGCGAGCAAGAAACGAAGUCGUAGUCGCAGUAGUGAGGAGAGGAGCCGCGACGACGGACGGUCGACGAAGGACCGACGCAGUCGGUCGAUCGAUGACGAUGACAGGAGCGAGACGCAGCGCCGCGAGGACGACAAAAGCGACGGCGGGGAGGAUGAGGACAACGACAAUGAUGGUAAGGAAGGGCAAGGUAGUUCCGAGACUGCUAGUACUUGUGACAAGCAGGAGACCACGACGGAAGCAGCGUCGAAGGCAAAGGAUGAGGAUGACGAGAUGCAGGGCGGAAGUGACGAACGCGCGGCUGAGACAGAAGCAAAGGAGGAACAAGAGAUGGACGAGUAG